UCCCUGCACUCGUUCAGCGACGCCGAGUGGAAGCGGAUCGCGAGCGAGUGCAUGUACCAGGACCGACACAUCAUGGCGAAGCGGAUGUACCAGUCGAUGCGAUGGAACAUUUCGCGCGGCGACGUCCCGCCGGCGGUGGACGGCGGCGCCGAGCGACUCGCCACCGCGCCUCGGCUCAACGAUUUCUUCGUCUUCUGCGACUUCACCUCGCGCGUUCCCGUGUGGUCGGCGCACCUCACGCACGCCUUCUACGAGGGCACGGACCUACCCGCGACGUACGACAUGGUCGGCCGCGAUCACCUGGAGUUUACGCUGCCGCUGAAGACGCUGUGGGCGAAGCACUUCGGCGCGGACUCGCGGGCUGGAUCGCCCGCGGGAAAGGUGAUGAUGGCGAUCAUGCGCGGCAAGGACGCGUACCAGGUGUUCAACGUGUCCCUGGUCAUGCGAGACAAGGACACGGACGAUAUCAUACCCAUGGUCACCGACAAAGACAUCUUUGAGAAGGGGACGGACGCGGAGCUCGCAUAUUUGGACGAUAAGCUCGAGGAAUUCGUGGGCCCGAGGAGCAACUUCGGCGGUCGGUUGAUGCACCCGAAACUCAUGAACGAGAUGCCGGCGGUGUCGCGGUUCAAGGCCAUGUGCGAUGACCCGGACGUGACAGUCGAGGAGCUCGAAAAAGAGCUCGAUCGAUUGAAGACGCUUGGCGCCGUACCGCGGAACGUGCAGCAGGUGGCUUGACCGAAUACGCGGAACGUCCCAUCGACGUGUACGCAGAACACGUGUACGAUUACCCCAUUCAUCUCACCGCCUACUCUGUAUAACUUCAACUGUAAUGUUCCAUGUUGUUCCAUCUU